AUGUGGAUGUGGUGCAGCCGCAAGCGCAUGCGCAGGAACAAUGAUCUGCUGCUUGCCAUUGUCAUCCUCCUCCAGGCCCGGGCAUCAGCUGGGCCGGCGGCCGGCGCAGGGUACAUGGGCGGCGGGCCGUGGCAGAGCGCGCACGCCACCUUGUACGGUGGCAGCGACGCGUCGGGCACCAUGGGCGGCGCCUGCGGGUACGACGACCUCUACAGCGAGGGAUACGGCGUGGAGACGGGGGCGCUCAGCACGCCGCUCUUCAACAACGGACUCACCUGCGGCGCCUGCUUCCAGAUCAAGUGCAGCUCCGGUUCCAGCAGCAGCGGCGGCUGCCACCCCGGGAGCCCCUCCGUGGUGAUCACGGCCACCAACUUCUGCCCGCCCAACUACGCGCUGCCCUCGGACGCCGGCGGGUGGUGCAACUCGCCGCGCCACCACUUCGACCUCUCCAUGCCGGCAUUCCUCCGCAUCGCAGACUACCGCGCCGGCAUCGUCCCCGUCACAUACCGGAGGGUGGCGUGCCGCAAGUCCGGCGGCAUCCGGUUCAGCGUCAACGGCUUCCGCUACUUCAACCUGGUGCUGAUCAGCAACGUGGGCGGCGCCGGCGACGUGGUCCGCGCCGCCGUCAAGGCCUCGCACACGGAGUGGCUGCCCCUGGCGCGCAACUGGGGCCAGAACUGGCAGUGCAGCUCCAUCCUCAUCGGCGGGGCGCUCUCCUUCCGCGUCACCACCAGCGACCGCCGCACCCUCACCUCCUGGAACGUCGCCGGACCAGCCUGGCGCUUUGGACAGACAUUCACCGGCAGCAAAAACUUCAGGAUCGCCGCCGCCCCCUAG